AUGGAGACAUACUUCCAGUACCAAAGAGUCCGGAAAGCAGUCCAACAGUAUCUGGCAGAGUUAAGAACUGACUGUAACUGCUCGAGCUACACUGUCGGGUCUUCUCACAAUGCAGACUGUACAUUGAGCAUCCAUCACGGCACUCUGGAGAAACCGCGCCCUACUGAUUCGACAAGUUUAAAUGACCCGAUCUUUGUGGGCUGGGAAGGGCCAAAUGAUCCUUUGAACCCUGCUAAUCAAAGCAUCGCGCGCAAAAUCUGCAUGACCCUGCUGGUCUCUUUGAUCGCAUUUGCAGUCACUGCCGCAUCGGCGAUUGAUGCCUGCGGUGUGAGGGAGUAUAGCGAGUACUUCCAUGUAUCUGAAGUCGUCGGGUCUCUCGCAACAGGUCUCUUUCUCAUCGGGUUUGCAUUCGGCUCCCUCCUCUCCGGCCCCUUCUCAGAAACAUUUGGCCGUAAUGCGAUAUAUUCAUCGACGAUGCUUCUAUUUUUGAUCUUUAUCAUGGCAUCGGGCCUUGCCCCAGAUCUCCACAGCCAUCUGAUCUUUCGCUUCAUCGCCGGGUUUUUCGCCUCUACUCCGCUAAGCUGCGCCGGCGGCACGAUUGCAGAUCUAUGGAAUCCGGUCGAGAAGGCCUAUGCUUUUCCUAUAUAUGCUAUUCCCGCAUUUGCAGGGCCGAUGGCCGGACAGAUAAUUGGAAGCUAUAUCCCAACCACGAUUGGCUGGCGUUGGUUAGAGUGGACAAUGCUGAUCAUGGGCGGCGCAGUCCUGGUCCUGGUGCUCCUAUUCCAACCUGAGACCUAUGGCAAUCUGAUCCUCCAUUGGAAGGCCUCGGUCCUUCGACAGGAAACCGGUGAUGAGAGAUACAGGGCGCCGAUGGAGAUGAAACGGGAGAGUCUGGGCCAGCGCCUGAAGCUCUCGGUGUACCGGCCAUUUGCGAUGUUCUACUCGGAACUGAUCAUCAUUCUCGUCUCGCUCUAUUUGACUAUCAUCUAUAUCGUCAUCUUUACUUUCCUAGAGGGCUAUACAUAUGUCUUCGGUGAAGCAUACGGUAUCUCAGAGGGCCUGACGAGCAUUUGCUGGGCGGGUAUGCUUGUCGGGGUCUUGCUUGUUGGCUGCGUGGUGCCGGUGGUUUACAGCUGGACUGCAAAGGCUUAUGCUCGAGAGAAAUCGACCAUUGCCCCUGAGAUGAGACUCUGGUAUACAAUGCUUGGAGGUGCACCAGCCGUGCCGAUCAGUUUGUUCUGGAUGGGGUGGACCAGCAAUCCAACAAUUUCGAUUUGGUCGCCCCUCAUCGGAUCUGUCCUCUUCGGUUUCGGCAUCACCACUAUCUUUAUUGUUUCAUACAUGUACCUCAUCGAUUCUUACGAUACAUAUUCGGCUUCUGCACUAGGUUUCCUUGUUUUCACGCGAUAUGUGGUUGCAGGAGGCGUGACUGUUGCAGGAGGUCCGAUUUAUCGGGCUCUGGGGGUGCAGUAUACACUCACGAUCCUGGGGGCUGUUAGUGGAGUGAUGGCUUUUGUGCCUUACCUACUAUACAUCUACGGACCGAGAAUCCGCAAGAACAGCAAGUUUGCGGUGAAUAUCGACACAAACUGA